AUGGAGGAAGGGUCCCCUGGAGUGCUUCCUAAGCACUUGAGGCAUUUUAAGAGGUCUCGAAUUGUUAAUGAUGGCGAUCUGGAGUGUGCUAUGGAGGAUGAUGGUGUUCCUUCUUCGAUUUUUGACUCUGGGUUGCAAUCGAAGUUGAAUUUGAAAGUUGGUACUGAAAGCUUCCGAGAUAAAUUGAUGAAUAAAGUGAAUUUGAUUAAAAAUGUGGGUUUUGAUGUGAAUUCCUUAGAUGCUGAGUAUGCUGAGCUUAAUGAUGAGGAUGAUGUUGUGAUUUCGAGAGAUUCGAAAGCACAUUGUAGAAAAUUAACAAAGUACUGUUUCUUAGUGUCAUCACAUGUUUUCCGUGAGAACCCUAAUAAUGAUAACAUAAGGCCUGAAACAUGGACGCUAAAUGUGAAGCCUGGAACUAAAAUGGCUCGAAUUUGGGCCCGAAACAAUUGUGCCUUCAACAACUCAGGUCAUGGCCGGUGCCAAACCGGCGACUGCGGCGGACACCUCCAAUGCCAAGCCUAUGGUUCACCCCAAAACACCCUAGCCGAGUAUGCUCUAAACCAAUUUGGCAACAAAGACUUUUUCGACAUUUCACUUGUAGAUGGGUUCAAUGUUCCAAUGGAAUUUAGUCCCACGUCUAAUGCGUGCACCAGGGGGAUCAGAUGUGCUCAAGAUAUCAAAACGCAGUGCCCUAAUGAGUUGAAGGCUCCAGGUGGCUUUCACAACCCUUGCACUGUGUACAAAACUGACAAGUAUUGUUGCAAUUCGGGGAGAUGUCGGCCUACAAAUUUAUCCAAGUUUUUCAAGGAUCGGUGUAGGGAUGCUUAUAGUUACCCUAAAGAUGAUCCAACUAGCACUUUUACUUGUCCUGGUGGGACUAAUUACAAGGUUGUGUUCUGCCCUUGA